CCUUUUUGUGGCUGAUUCCACCAACUUAAGCUUUUUCCUUGGGCUUUUCUGUUCAUUUUAUGCACAAAGCAGAGGUGGAAAAACAUCCCUCUUUUUUCCAGCUCUAACUGGCCUUUUAAAGGUCCUACUUGUCAAACACAUCACAUACCAGUAGAGGUUGUGGGACCUCUCAGUUCUCUACCAUUUCCCCCUCAUGUGUCCGACUGCAGGCACAAAGGAAUCUCAGUCCUCUUCGUCCAGAGGUUUGCUCGUCUUAUCCUGGUAUAAAGUUAAAUAAUCUGAAUUUGCUUUCUGCUGUUAUUAUCCCGCCAUGGCAUACCGUCUCUUUGAAGGAAAGGAACAUGCAGCAUCAUACUGGAAAUACAGAGUGUCUCCAUCAGAUGGUCUCAUUCAACAGGUGAUGGAUUUCCUGGUAAAACAUAGGGAUGGUCCCUUUGAGCUGGCUGUGGAUGUGGGAUGUGGUUCUGGACAGGGAACGGUUCUGUUGGCUCCAUACUUUGGUUCUGUGGUGGGGACAGACGUGAGUCCUGCCCAGCUGGACAUGGCCUUAACACACAAUAAACAGGCAAAUGUCACAUACAGACACAGCUUGGCAGAGGAUCUGCCGUUUGCCGAUGCCUCGGUGGAUCUGAUCAGCGCCAUGUCUGCAUUCCACUGGUUUGACAGGCCACGCUUCCUUCAGGAGGCCCACAGAGUCCUGAAGCCACGCGGAUGCUUGGCUCUACUCAACUACACCAUCGAUAUGGAGCUCAACUACCCUGACUGCUGCUCACAGACACUGAACCAAGUCUGCAAAGAGUUUUAUGCUGCCUUACAGCCUUAUCGCAGCCCUCACCUUGGUCCUGCCUCAAUCGAGUUGUAUCGGGAGGCGUACAAUUCCAUUUCUUACCCUGACAAAGAGUGGCAGGAGUGUGUGUAUGUGUGGACGUCCAUGCCUCUGUCCAGUUACAUGGGGCUGGUGGAGUCUUUCUCCAGUUACCAGACUUUGUUGAGGAUCAACCCACAGAAGGCUGGCACACUCUCACAUGACAUCUGUCAAAGGCUGUUGUCUGAGAUGAAGGUGACCUCUGCUGAUGUUGAGGUGGAGGUCGGGGUCAAAUACUUCUACCUACUUGCCUCCAAAGCACCACAACCCUCCACAGUGCUCAGUGAGACAUGAGGAGAUGAGAAACUCAGUACUUCUGUCAUGUGAUGGAUUCAUCAAAUGAGAUUUGAGGGAUCUUUACAAAAACUCAUUUUUAACAUUUUAUGUGAUUAGAUACUCUUUUUAAAUAAUCUGCUCUGUGUAAUCAGUAAUGUCCACAUUUCUGUCUAACUUGUAAUAAUCAUUAACUAAAGUUAGAAUAAGUGUCAGUAGAAAGCAGUUUGUAGUUUUACAAUACACCACUAGAGAGAGAUAUUUGAUCAGAUGUCUCAGGGACUGUGACACCAUUGGAUAAAUGUUCAGAGUUUAAUCUGGCGUUUGAGUAGUUUUAGUUUAAGUUC